AGGCAGCGGCAGUCCGCCGGUUCCAGAUGGCUGCAGCCGCAGCCCUCCCAACCGAGCCCACCCCGGAUCGCGCCCGGCGGCGGCGGAACCCGAGGCCUCUGCAUCCUCUGGAUUCCACGGUUGUGUGAAACUUGACUCGCUAAGACGCACACUCAGAGACAAAGAAAGUCACUUCCCCUGGAUUGCCUUCUUUGCUUGCUUUUGGGGGUUGUUGGACACCCUGAUUCUCAGCUCCCUAUUUUUUUUCCUGACAUGGAUUUUGGAAAGGGAAGGCCGCAAGGCCUGUGAGGCUUAAAGGAUUCCGUGUAAUUUUUUAAAAAGCUGUUCUUACUGAAGAGCAAAUGGCGGCUUUAGAUUCCUCACCAAAUGCCUGUUGAUGAGCAAUUUGACUGCGGUUGCUGUUAUCCAAGAACUUGACCUGGAAGAAAAAUGAGUCAGAGUUCUCGGCUGGCCGAGUCACCUCAGCUUUCUAAGAGCAGUCUCCUCAACAUCUUGGGCAGCCCGCAGCCCGAGAGGAUGAGCCUCUCUGAUUCCAUGCCCCCCACCCCCAAAAGUGGCACCCCCUCCCCGGGGCCACCUCAGCUUCCCUUACUGGGUGCCAGUUGCCUUGACGGCGACUGGGAAAGUCGUGAGGAACUGCGCUUGCGUGAGCUCGAGGAGGCCCGAGCCAGAGCGGCCCAGAUGGAGAAGACGAUGCGGUGGUGGUCGGACUGUACUGCCAACUGGAGGGAAAAAUGGAGCAAGGUGCGUGCCGAGCGGAACAAGGCCCGGGAGGACGUGCGCCACUUGCGCCAGAAGCUGGAGACCUUGACCAAGGAGCUGACCAGCCUCAAGCGGGAGAGGCAGGAAAUUCUUAACGAAAACGAGCAACUGGGCAAAGAACUGGCCCGGCUGAAAGGGGAAAGCGAGGGGGAGAAGGAACUGGAUAACCGCGUUGCCUCGGAAAAGGAGAGCGAGGAGGUCUCUCCAGAGCAGGAGCCUGUGAGAGAUGUGGGGUCUGAGAAGCUGUCGAAAAACAAGUCCUUGCAGGAGUUUGAAUUGAUGGAGAACCUUCUAAAAAGUAAACAGGAAGGCUCCGAGUGCUGGGACCAGCGGAGCUCGGUCAGCGUCCGCUCCUCUUUCACCCGCCAAGAGAGGAACCGACUGUUGUGGGAGGACGUCUCGGUCAUUGAGGAAGACGCCACCAAAAUCACCGCCCUGAAGCUGCGUCUGGAUGAGUCUCAAAAAGUGCUGCUCAAGGAGCGGGAGGAUAAGCUGUCCCUCAGCAAGAACAUUGAGAAACUGGAAGGUGAACUGAGCCAGUGGAAGAUCAAAUUCGAGGAGCUGAACAAGAACAAGCAGGAAGUGUUGAAGCAGCUGAACAUUCUUAAGGAAAUCCACCAGGACGAGCUAGGGCGCAUCUCAGAAGAUCUGGAAGAUGAACUGGGAGCUCGAUCAAGUAUGGACAAGAAAUUGGCCGAGCUGCGGUCAGAGAUGGAGCGCCUGCAAGCCGAGAACGCAGCCGAAUGGGGGAAGCGCGAGCGCCUGGAGACCGAGAAGCUCAACCUGGAACGGGAGAACAAAAAGCUGCGGGCCCAGAUUGAGGAUCUGGAGGAGGUCUUGGCCCGCAAACGGAGGCAGACGGCCAGCGCUCUCGAUACCGAUCUCAAGACCAUCCAGACUGAGCUCUUUGAGAAGAAUAAGGAGCUGGCUGACUUGAAACACGUCCACGCCAAGCUGAAGAAACAGUACCAGGAAAAGACGGCUGAGCUGGCCCACGCCAACCGGCGUGUGGAACAGCACGAAGGCGAGGUGAAGAAGUUGCGCCUGCGCGUUGAAGAGCUCAAGAAGGAGCUGGCCCAGGCAGAGGAUGAGCUUGAUGAGGCCCAUAACCAGGUGCGGAAGCUGCAGCGGUCACUCGACGAGCAGACGGAACAAGGUGAAAAUCUCCAAGUGCAGCUGGACCACCUGCAGUCCAGGCUUCGCCGACAGCAGAACAUCCCCCUCUUUGGGAAGAUCCGCGCAUCACGUUUUGGCCCCGACAACCCCGGCGAAGGCACCAGUGACUUGGAUGAAGACGAAGAUUUGCAGAUCCAGGUUCCUUAGCACCUGGCAGUCAAAGAGACCCUUUCGGCUGCGGUUGAGAGAUAAUACAGUUGCGGUGCUGGGACAGGACAGCUGCUUGAUUGCAGCAACGGCUUUUGACCUCAGCUAGGAGAAUUUUUCUUUUGCCAGCCUUGGAGCUGCAGGGGAGGCUGAAAAAGAGGCAUCAAGGCAGCCAUAUUCCGGUCUGCAGCAUGACAGCUUGGUGGCUGAGACAAGAUGGAAUACGUCAAGAAGAAUACUUGGCAAAGAUCCGCCGUACUUACCAGCCCCGUAAAGCAUGUGUGGUGCAGAAGUGCAAAUUUCACAUGUUCGAGAGCAAUAAGAACUGUUUGCUUCAAGACACCUAGUGCGGUUACCACACCUUCACCCACAUUUCUCCUUUGUUCUCCAUCCAGUUAAUACCUCCUCCAUAGCUGAAUGGCUCCUAUUAUCACCCAGGGUAGCUUUCCCUUGAAAUCUAAACACAAUAUCUCUUAUCUCAGUCCAUAUUAUUUCAUGUUUAUGUUAGGCAGAACAAGCCGAAUCCUACCCCUUCUGACUUCUGGAAGGGGAACAAGGAUUUGAUGAGCAAAACCAAAGUUUACCAGGGAUGAAACUCUGGUGUCAUAAAAGCUUCUGAAGUCGGCACGUUGGACACAAAGCUGUGGGCACCUCUGUUAUUGUUUAGGGCCAGAAGUUGUGUUGUGUGUGUCCUCAACACGUGACAGCAUGAAAGUGACCAGCUUUCCAGUCUGAAACCAAAUUCACUCUAAACAAGGAAUUGUUGGUUUAGGUUCUACAUUUGGCUUCAAGAGCACCCCUGUGCGGCAGUGACCCUCAUAAGCAGUAAACUUUGACAAAGUGGCAAAACACCGUUACAAGAUUGGAAAGAGUACGGAGAAUCCAACAGAGUGAAAACAGAAAGCAGGGUUUGUUGUGGGGAAUAAUGUAAUGAUCUGGGCUGGAGAAUUAGCCAAUUUCAAGGCGACAAAAUAACAUGAGCGUUUGGUGGUAACACCCAAGGCUAGAAAGCCCACUCAGAGGAGUCCUGCAUUCCAAGUACCCACACAUUGUGCAAGAGUUCCACUCAAGAGGGGAGGCAAGAGGCAGGGCCAGACAAAAGUCCAGUUCUCAAGGCAGGGUCUCCAAAUAAUCCUAAAGUAGUCAGAAAGCAAAGGGUGAGAUCCACAGGACUUCAGAGCAGCUGAGAACUUAAGCUGCUAUACAAACACGGGUGGAUAUACAUGAAAGUGCCUUCUCACUGAGAUGGUUAAUCUAUCAAGGUUAGUCUUGUCUAUUUUGACUGGCAACAGCUCGCCAGGGUCUCUGGUCGAGGUCUUUCACAUGAGCUACUCUCCGGUCUUUUUAAACUGGAGGCACCAGUAUUGAACCAAGGACCUUCUACAUGCUACAUGCUCUGUCACUGAGGCACAGCCCCGCUCCCUAGUUUAGAGUCAGUGUGUUUUUGGAACAUAUUCUGGCAUUAAUCACAGGGCAAGAAGCUUAAAUGAAACAAGAAUGCUUUUUUUUUUCCUCCAGCCUUAAAAUAAAGGAAGGAGUUAAAGGACUUAGCCAGGUAUGUCCUUUGACAGGAGCAAGGGGAGAGAUGAGAGGUUCAGGGCGCCAGGAAUAUUUCCAAGUAAGGAAACAGAGCAGAGAUGUUGGGUUUGGGGGCCCUCUUAAUCUAACUGGUGACGCGUGGUUUUGGCUGCUUAUAUACCAUGACAUGAUUGGGACAGUCAGACCUAUGUGUGGAGAAUACAGAUAAUGUGCAGCUCUCGCUCUCUCUUUGGUGAGGAGCUAACCCAACUGGCUCUAUUCUGUGGCAAAAGGCACACGGAUUAAUCAUUGAAAGGCCCUGAUGAUCGAUUUGAUGGCCUGAUAGGGAGCGAAGCUUGGAUUCUUUCUGGAAUGGCUCUUUCCAAAGUGCUGGCUUUCCUGGCUGUUUUGUGGUACUGAGCCAAAACUUAGUCCAUAGAAAGACAGGGAGAGGGAAAUUGGGUCCUGUUUUAAGAUGGAGGGGGCUGGGAAAUGAGGACAAAUGAGUCCCCCAACCUUGAACAAAUCUGUUCAAUCAACUCAUCUUUGCCUCGUGCAUAGGAUCAGUGCUCAAAUGAAACUGCCUUCCUAGAUCGGGCAGAUCAAAUCCCAGAGAAAAGAGCUCUGAGAAGACAGCCCAUCCCCUCAGGGGUCACUUACUAUAUGUAUUUGUUUGUUUGUGUGUAUAAAUAUAUUUGUAUAUGAUUUUGUAUUAUAAAUGUUCAGCUAACGCCGUUGGCACUAUGUAGGCUGCAGCCGUUUCCCCACUCUGUCCUGAGGGCUACAGCACUACAACUCCAAAGUCCCCUGGUUCCUGUCUUGCCUCAGAGUCUCUAUGGAGACAUCUUACACAAGGGUCCUGAAGUGUGUCAGUUUCACCUUUCUACAGGGAGCCACAGAGAUGGCUCCUGAGAGGGUUUGUUAAUGUCAUCUUCGCCUCUAGGAGGCUCUGUCAAGGCUCUGUCAAAUUAACAAACCCUCUCAGGAGCAAUCUCUGCCGGCUCUGUGUAGAGAGCUGAAAUCGAGCCUGUGGCUCUGUCUUUUUGAAAUACGCCUCCCAGCUAACAUUGCAUCUCCCUACACUUGAGCGUCCUCAUGUAAGAGGUCUCGUGUAGAGACGCUCAGGGCCAGACCACAAGUGACGCCUGACACAGGUUGGACACUUGUCAGCUUCCCUCAAGUUUUGAUGGGAAAUGUAGGCAGCUUGGCGGAAUGUUAGACAAGUGGCAGUUGAAAAGUCCAUUGGACAGCAGUUGGAGAGCCAAGCUGCAAGACCAGGACGCCUACAUUCCCCAUCAAAACUUGAGGGAAGCUGACAAGUGUCCAACCUGUGUCAUUUGUCGUUUGUAGCUUGGCCCUCAGUCGUGAACCUCCCUCGGGGGUCUAAGGCAAGCCACUUUCUCUCGACCUCAGUUUCAAUCCCCAUUUGCAAAAUGGAAAAGCACACACUGGUCUACCGUACAAGUGCAAUGUAAAAGCUAAAUAGGGUUAUACUCACUACCCCAUACAGGCACCCCAUUUACACCUGGGGCCUAUCUACUUACAUUCUGCGUGGGAGGUGGGUGACUCAUGUCCAGCUUCUAGGAGGGCUCCUAGAAGGCACAGAUGUUACGAUACAACUGUAAUCUCUGGCUGAAAAGGGUAACCCUGUGGUUUUUUGCAGAACAGCCUUCUGAUAAUUGAAUUUGGUAUCUGCCCUGAGAACCUUCGCUUGAAGCCAGCUGGGUGACCUUGGCUCAGUCACAGCUCUCUCAGCCUCACCCACCUCACAGGGUGAUUGUUGUGGGGAUAAUAAAAACAUACUUUGAGUGGGUGUUAAGUUGCCCUGAAGGGUGGUAUAUAAAUCAAAUAUUAUUAUUAUGUUGUUAUUAUUAUGUCUUAAGCCAGUGCUUAUAUCUGCAAAGAAUUGAAACACAUAGGCAGUAUGUGACUGACUCGAAGGACACAGAAUAGGGCUGAGAGAUUUCUGCUAGAGGCGUACCUUUGGCACCCUUCCUUCCUUGGGUGUCCCUGGCUGGCUGCUUCCUCUCUGUCUCACCAGCCUUCACACCCUUCCUUCCUUCCAUUCACGAAAGCCUUCUAAAUACUUUGCAAUUACAACCCUGACUCAAGGGAUCCAAAGGAGUUCUACCAAAUCAGCAAACCUGUGAAAACAUCUUGCUUUCUGCAUUCAGAUGAGAGGGGGGGGGGGGGUCCUUGGGCAGACCUUCUGGGCUUCCCUGGUGUGAAAUGUGGGUGGGAUUGGAGGCGGAAUGCGUGCAGCUAUACAUGUUCCUGGCCUGGUGCGGCUGCUGUGGAAGGAAAUUAGGCAAGGCUCAGGCAGCCAGACGUGCCUUCUGUGGGUAUUUAUGUACAACCUGAGCUUGGCAGUUUAUCAACUUAAUAAACUGAGUUUAUGCUUCAUGUGUGCAAGAGGUGAAGUCCAGUGGAUACAUCUGAGUCUUGGAGUUCAAAUCCCGGCACGGUGCCAUUGAGCAAGCCACAUGAAUUGUGCUUGUGGAGGCCAAAGGAGAUCAGAAAGCUCCAGAUAUGUAAAUA